AUGAUUCUCGUCACGAUCAAUGAUCGUCUGGGCACAAAGACUCAAGUACCUUGUCUGCCUAGUGACCCCAUCAAACUGCUCAAAGCCAUGGUGGCGGCAAAGAUUGGGCGACCGGUCCACGAGAUUAUGCUUAAGAGGCAGGGAGAGAGGCCAUUCCAUGACAAUCUGACGUGUGCGGAUUAUGCCAUUAGUAAUGGUGUGCAGAUUGAUUUGGAGCUGAACACUGGUGAUUAG